AUGAUCGAAGUCGGCCUGCCGACCAUGGAUGAUGAUGAUUUUGACGAUGCAGAACUCUGGGCUGCCGCCGACAGAGUUGCGUCGGCCUCCCAGGCACCCCAUCGAAUCGUGCAGCCAACGCCACAGAGAAUCGAGCGCCCGAGUCCAUACGGAACCGAGCCUCGGGCGCAUGAUCACCGCGAAGCAGCACCUCCUGCUGGCCAGAAAAUAAUCCAACCAACGCCACAGGUCCUACCCCAGAGAGGUUCGGGAUCUCAUAUCCUAGUAUCGCCGCGUCAGAAGGGAAACCCGGUGCUGUCAUGCAUCAAGUCAACAACUUGGGAGUAUUCCGAUAUUCCGGCAGACUACGGCCUAGGAUUAACCACUUGUGCCCUAUUUCUGAGCUUGAAGUAUCACCGCCUAUACCCUGAAUAUAUCUACACCCGCAUUCGGAACCUACAAGGCCGUUAUAGCCUCCGUAUUCUCCUCACCAUGGUUGAUAUCGCGAACCACGAGGACCCGCUCCGCGAGCUAGCUAAAACGUCAUUGGUCAACAAUGUGACACUCAUUCUCUGUUGGUCUGCCGCGGAGGCGGCCCGCUACCUCGAGUUAUACAAGUCGUAUGAGCAUGCUGGCUUCAAAGCCAUUCAAGGAUAUCAAGGAACGACAUACGUGGAAAGGCUCGUUGACUUCGUCACCGUACCGAGAGGUAUCAACAAGGCAGAUGCCGUCUCGCUUGUGAGCAAUUUUGGCAGCUUAAAGAAUGCGAUCAAUGCUGAUCCCGAACAAAUCGGCAUCAUCGGAGGUUCUGCAACUAAAAGGCAACGAUUAGUCGAUUUUCCCACAUUUUUUUGGCUCGAGGUUGCCACACUUCGUAACAUUCUUUCCCGGCUACCCGGAUCUACAUGGGCCGGAGAUGCGCUCGCUUCCGGUUCAAUAUGGCCCGCCCCUGGAGAUAUGGAACAAGUCAGGACAUGA